CUGUAUGAAUAAGGAAACAAUAGCGCUGGCUUGUGCUGGAUAAAGAUACACUACUUGUCCCUCUCCGGUCUAGACACAUCACAUCAAUAGCCAAGUUAGCUAACUAGCUGUUUAUUUUUUAACAAAAUGUCAACCACGACCGGCGGCGGUGAGUUUGGCAACCCUCUACGAAAAUUCAAGCUCGUCUUUCUGGGCGAACAGAGUGUUGGGAAGACCUCACUCAUCACCAGGUUUAUGUAUGACAGUUUCGACAACACUUAUCAGGCAACAAUUGGCAUUGACUUUUUGUCAAAAACCAUGUACCUAGAAGAUCGCACGAUUCGGCUGCAGCUCUGGGAUACAGCCGGACAGGAACGCUUCCGCAGCCUCAUCCCCAGUUACAUCCGCGACUCAGCUGCUGCUGUGGUGGUUUAUGACAUAGCCAAUCUUAACUCAUUCCAACAAACCUCAAAGUGGAUUGAUGAUGUUAGAACAGAGAGAGGAAGUGAUGUCAUUAUCAUGCUGGUUGGGAACAAAACAGACUUGGCAGAUAAAAGGCAAGUUUCUGUUGAGGCGGCAGAGAGGAAAGCUCGUGAGCUCAAUGUGAUGUACAUAGAGACCAGUGCCAAGGCUGGCUAUAACGUCAAACAGCUGUUCCGUCGUGUUGCUGCUGCAUUGCCAGGGAUGGAUAGCACACCAGAGAAAAGCAAAGAGGACAUGAUCGACAUUAAACUGGAGAAACAGCCAGAGAUGACUGUCACCGAGAGCAGCUGCUCAUGCUAGUACACCUCACCCUCACCCAGCCUGUCUCCUCCCCACCAACAGCUUGUCUCUCAGUGGCCACUCUCUCCACCCUUGGCGCACUGCCAUUGGGAUGGAGGACCUGUUGUUUGUUUUUUUUCCCUUUUCAACUCAGUGACUUUUCAGAGUAACCGUGUGGAUGUGCAUUACUGUAUUGAAACAGAUUAUCUGGGGAAAAAAUGGUUCAAAAGUAAACAUUUAAAACAAGGAAUAAGUUACAUGAUAUGUUGAGAUUUUCAUCCAGUUGCAUGGCAUUAUAUAGGAUUGCCGACUGACAUAGCUAACCGCUCAUGAGUUAUUGCACAGUUCAGAAUCUUAGUGCUGUUACUCUUGUCAUUGUUGUAAAGUAAAACUGCUUGGGAUUAAUUCAAAGACUCUGCAAAGUUGAGUUACCAGCCCAUUGUAUUUUACUUUUUUUUUUUUUUCAUUAUCAUCUGAGAUAAUGUUGUAUGUCUCAGAUAACUGAUUAUUUUUGGACUUUGUCUUAUUUUGAGGAAGACGAGACAGGAUCUUACCAGUGAAAUUAUGUCAUUGCUAACCAUCAUAUUAACACAUUAGGCUCAAAUGAACCCUUUAUAUUGAAGAGGGUCAGUGGUCCAUUCAUUGGGUAUCAUUUAUACCUAAUACAUCUGUAGGCUUAAACUGCCUCAUACAACAGCAUGUUAGUAGACCAAAUUUAUAUCAUUUGAGACCUUAUUUAAAACAUUGCUGCAAAAGGGAUGUGUUACCAAGUCUAUUUUCAUUUUAAAGGGAAGCCAUCCCGAGUUGAUAAGAAUGGCUACUAACUUGAAACUAUGUCUGCAUUAAAACUAUAGCAACUGUCUUUCCAGUGUUAAAUUAGCUGCACGCAUACUAACAUGUCUGAGGAGGAGAUUUCAGUUAUUAGAUGCCCCUGUUGUAUGAAAUAAAAAGAGCCAGUGUUUAGUUUUUCCAUGCUGAUGGAAAGUUGUCACUUUGGUCGCUAUGACGUACCCACUCAUUGAUAAUUUGUGUUGUGUUGAUUACACUAUUGCAAGAACAUGCAGCAUGCUCACUCAUGCAGGAUUUAUAUGGAUAAGAACACAGAUGCCUUGCUUGUUUGUUCACCAACGUUGUGCACUGAAUCAAGCCACAAUAUUGUAAAAUAUAAAAGAAGCCUGCUGACUGGUUCAUGGCUUCUCUCGUUGUUUUGUAGAGCUGGUAGAUAAAGAGUUCGUCUUCAGAUACAGCUAACGCUUACUAACACCCUUGCUGUAAAAAGUGCAGAGAAGUUAGUUGCAGUAUCCUUUUGCUGUAUUGCUAUUGCCUGUGUAGGACUGUUGGUUUUAUGUGUUUAUUUAUUUUGUAACUUGGACUUACAGAUAACAUUGUACGCUUGACCAAAAGUGCAGAUGCUGACACGCAUGUUGAAAAUUUAUUUUAUUUAUUGUUUGCGUGUCUGCUGGGACUCCAACUAAAGGCGAUGUUGAUGCCUGGUAAAGUUUUGUCCUGUCACACUGCAAGAAAUUACUUUUUGCAGUUUGUGUAGUCAGUAGUUUGGUUUACAUUCGCAGGUAAAGGCUGCACCAUCUUCAGACACACACACACGCACACACAGUGAAACACAAACCAACUAACUAGCCAUAGCACAACAAAAGACACUGGUCAUUUGCUGUAGCUUGUUUUGAAAUGUCAGCGUUUUAAAAAUGGAUUUAAAAAUUUAAGUAUUUAAUUACAUCAAACAACCAUUUUAACAUGAGCAGCUCUUCUAUUACUUGUCACUGACUAAAUACGCAGCUUUGUGCUAUUCUGAAUUGUGUCUGUCCAUUUGAAAUAUGCUGUCUACUCGUGUUUAGCAACGUUUGUGUGAAUAAUGUACUAUUACUAUCUGAUGUAUAAAAAGGAGAGUUAAUGAAACACAAGUGUAGGCCUAUCACGUGGAAUAGAAUAAAGAUAUUUCACCAAAA